AUGGUUUCGAAACUUAUAGUUCUAGGCUGCUUGCUAACGUACGCCUUUGCUACGGCGGCAGCAUCAAAUGAAGCUGAGCCUCCGGCAGCAAGGAAACUUGGUGGGAACGUCUGGCCAAGAGAGGAGUCAGAAGCAGCACCGGAAGUUUCACAUUUAGAAGAGACUGUUCGGCGAGGACACCACCAUUUAACGGUGGAAAGAUCGGUCGCCGGAGGUGGAGUUAUUCUCGGCGGCUUAGCAACUACUUUUCUUGUGGCGGUGUUUUGUUAUAUAAGGGCCACGAGGAAACACAAACCUAAGUACGAUGAGCAAGACACAGAGACUCCUAAGGUUUUAGUUUGA